UUCCGUAACCCUCCCCCGUCCAACUGCCUCUCAGAACUUUCUGUCAGAACAGCAGUUGGAGUCUGGGACCCAGCAGAACUUUGAAAGCAGUUCAGCUAACACGCGGUCUGUUAAUCCACACGUUAUCAUUCGCUAAAAAGAAUGAUUCGGCCAACCGCAUUGUGGAAGGCAAGCAACUGUAUAGUCUUGGUAGUGACGUUUUUGCUGUGUCUGUCUAGAGCGAAUGGUGGCCCCUGGCCCUGCAGUGAUGAGCAAAUGGUUCAUUCCACUAGCUCCUUCCAUUCAAAGGUGGUAUUAGUGGGCAAUCCACUCUCUUACAUCAACCCAGACCCUAUUCUAAUACAGCACCCUUGCAUAGAAUAUUAUUUAGAAGACAAGCCUCCAGCCAUAUACCUUGGGGAAAAGGUUUUCCUCAGCUUAGAUGGAUUUGGGAGUAGCCUUUUGCCACUGACCAUCCCAAACGUCUUGGUGCCCUCACCUGCUGUUGUCAGCAGUGCUGUCUUUGUGGUAAACAGUCGAUUGCUGUUUGUGAUAAAUGGAAAAGUCUAUAUAUAUUUCUACACAAUAGGGCAAGGCUGGAUGAUGCCAAAGGGGAUUGAUAGGCCUGUGACUGAGAUCACAAAUAUAGACUGCUGCUAUGCUGCAGAUGACCCCCGCUGUAACAGAACCAGUGAAACAGUUAUAGCUUACAACACUGGGAAUCCAGCUUAUUACAGCAGUGUGUUCUUCUCAAAGGAUGGGGGCUACACUUUUACCAUGGUAACCGUUAUCGGUGAUGGCAAUGUGAUUGGUAUCUAUAACUUUGUUUCCUUGUCACAACUUGCACUUCUCCUCAAUAAGACUAGGGAUGAUAAGAAAAAUGCUUAUUUCUCUUACGGAGGCGCAGCAUACAUGGAAAGUCGCAAGGGCGCACCAUUCUGCCUGGAACCCUGUGAAAAUGAGACGGUGGUGAGCCUAAUUCCCCCAGGCCUGAGAGGUUUUAUUGUUCUUUGGACAAAAGAUUCAUUCAUGUUCUCCUUCAACAAUGGCUUGACAACAGACCGUAUCACUGUGCAUCCUACAGCCAACUAUACUAACAAGACUCUCCCUAUGCAUGGCAAAGGCCUUUGUAAUGUGGCUGUUGGCAAAACUGAGAUUGCAGCCCUCACCAAAAACCUGAAGCUUUUUUAUGGAACCUUGGACAUAGUCUCCACACAAAUGGUAUUCAUUGCGGAGAAAGAGAGCGGUACGGAUACUCGUUGUGAUGCACUAGUGUUUGAGAAAACUGGAAUGCUUACCAUCCUCCAACCUGUUCCCAGCACUGGAACCAGUUUUUACAGUUUUCAAAAAUGUAUCAUCAACAUACAGUCCAGGCUCAUGAAACUGCGGCCACCACUGAAGCCCUGUCCUGUAGAGAUCCUCAGUGGCGAUUUCCAUAACAAAAUGUAUUAUAUUGAUAUGAAAGAGAAGCUUUAUUUUAAUGUCACGUUUGUACCCAAACCAGGCACAGGGGCCUUCCCAUAUGUGACUGUAAGCAAUCCACAUGUGCUGGCAUUCCAAGCACGACUUAUGCAGGAUGGUUAUACCUAUGACGGAAAUACAAAAUACAACUUACAAAUUACAAUGUUACAGCAGCAGUUCACAGACAUGGCUCAUGCCAAGUUUCAGGAUGACUUUUAUGAAGGCAGAUUGUCUACCAUUACUGUGGACAUCUACAACAAAGGCAUAUUCUGCAUUGACAUGCAUCCAUUAACAGCACUAAUUGCCAUAGACUGCCCACCUACUAAACAUAUAAGACUUUAUAAAAAUAUAACAGCAUGCACCAAAGGCCUCUUUUAUCAGUAUGUGCUCCAUACAAAUUUCACGUAUAAAAUUCCACGGAAGGAAUACGAUCCAAAGUUCCUUAAUAGAAUAGAUUUAUCUCAGGGGGACCUUAAUGUUUCCUAUAAUUAUGAACUUCUGGGAUGCCCUAUACUCUUAUAUUAUGACAGCCCAUGGCUUCCAGUUUUUGAACUAUGGGAAGAUAAUGAAUUUGUGGAAUUUGUUUCUGCUGACUUUGUCCUAUUUGAAAUAAAUGGAAAACAUACUUAUGAUUAUGUCCUAACUGAAACAGGUGCUAAUUGUAUUUCAAGACCUCAGAACUGGGUCACAGCAAUAAAAAACGAUGUUGAAGGCGACCCACAUCAUGCAUGGAACAGAUAUAAUUAUGAGAGUUGCAAGGAGCACGGAGGUAAUGAUUCUUUACCAUCAGAUUCAAGGAAGUAUCAAGUCCUAAACAUUAAUGAAAAAAAUGGAAUACAAUUUCAACAGUAUAAUGGAAUGUAUAUCUUUAAAGCCACUGUUGUAGAUACGUUAUAUAGCUACUGUGAAUUAACUACUACUUUCAGUGUAUAUGUGUAUGGUGCCAUCCCACCUUCUGAGAUCAAUCCUGGUAAGACACUAACUAGUUUUCUAGUUCUUAUAUUUGGUACAAUUCUUGCAGUAUACUACUUUCCUAAAUUACUGAAGGAAAAUGCAAAAAUGAAAUCACUUUGGACUUAAUAUUUUAGACAUAAUAUUACUGUACUAAAAGAAAUUGAUCCAAGGUUAGUUUAAGAAUCCUUUAGAGUAUUAGCAUUGAAGACAAAUAUUGUUUGGAUUGUGUGACUGCUUUAUUUUCAAGGCACCUCCUUUAAUUUAUUACCAAUAUGGUCAACUAACAUUUACCUUGUUAAAACAGCAUUUAUUAAAUAUGUAUGCUUGACA